GAAUGGCUCAAACUCUAUAUUUCCCUCUUCUCCUCAUUGCUCUCUGCUCCAUAUCUGAAUGUGUUCAGCGUCAGUAUCACUUUAUAAAUGAGCUGAAGACCCGGACUGUAGCUCAGCAAUACUGCAGAGAGAAAUACACAGAUCUGGCCACUGUUGACAACAUGAACGACGUGAACCAGCUGAUUAAAUUUGUGAAAGUGAAUGACAGAGGGGUCUGGAUUGGUCUUCAGGGUACGAAUGAUAUUAAAUGGCAUUGGUCUUCAGGUGGUCCUGUGCUCUUUCUGAACUGGGCAUCUGGACAACCAUACAGCAGAAAUAAUUGUACUUUUACAAAGAAUGGACAGUGGUAUGUUGGGGCAUGUAAUGCCACCUGGACUUUCAUCUGCUACAACAGACUGGUGUUUGUCAAUCAGAUGAAGAACUGGAGAGACGCUCAGAGUUACUGCAGACAGAAUUACAUUGAUCUGGUCAGUGUGAGGAACCAGAAUGAGAAUCAACAGCUGGAGAAGUUCAUUAAUGACAAUCAGAUAUCUGGAUCUGCAGUCUGGAUCGGUCUGUUUAGAGACCCAUGGCAGUGGUCAGAUCAGAGCAACUCCUCAUUCAGAUACUGGAAACCUGGUGUACCUUAUAGUCCAGAUGAUACACACUGUGGAGCGGUUGAAAUGUUCGAUCAGGGGCAAUGGAGUGACUACUCGUGUAGUGGUUCACAGCAGCUUCCUUUUGUGUGUCAUGAAGGUGAUUUCUGCUUUGUUUUGUGUCCAGAUAAACUGAUUGUGAUCCAGCAGAAGCUAUCAUGGUCUGAAGCUCUGAGAUACUGCAGACAGAAUCAUGUGGAUCUGGUCUCAGUUCAGUCAGAGGAGAUGCAGAAUGAGGUGAUGAACGUGGUUAAACUGGCGUCUACCGAGGCGGUGUGGUUGGGUUUACACAACUACUGCAGCAUGAACAUGUGGCUCUGGGUGAGUGGAGACAUGGUGUGCUAUCAGAACUGGGCUCCAGGGAACGGCAGCACACCGGAAAACUGCGAACUGGAGAACAGAAAAGGAGCAGUUCAGUCUGGAGGAGAUCAGACCUGGAUCAGCCGUCCUGAAUCUCACAGACUCAACUUCAUCUGCACUAACUACUGAGACAAAAGAUGUGAGAUUGUUGGUGUUUACUUCCAUUCACUGUUUUCACACUGCGUUAUUUUUAUUCUCAUUUACUUUUAAGUGUUUGACUUUGCUUUGGUUUGUGGAAAGCAGCUGUUUAA